AUGGACCUCAAGGAGAGCCCCAGCGAGGGCAGCCUGCAGCCCUCUAGCAUCCAGAUCUUUGCCAACACCUCCACCCUCCACGGCAUCCGCCACAUCUUCGUGUAUGGGCCGCUGACCAUCCGGCGUGUGCUUUGGGCCGUGGCCUUCGUGGGCUCCCUGGGCCUGCUGCUGGUGGAAAGCUCGGAGCGGGUCUCCUACUACUUCUCCUACCAGCAUGUCACCAAGGUGGAUGAGGUGGUGGCCCAAAGCCUGGUCUUCCCAGCGGUGACCCUCUGCAACCUCAAUGGCUUCCGCUUCUCCAGGCUCACCACCAAUGACCUGUACCACGCUGGGGAGCUGCUGGCCCUGCUCGAUGUCAACCUGCAGAUCCCCGACCCGCACCUGGCUGACCCCACGGUGCUGGAGGCCCUGCGGCAGAAGGCCAACUUCAAACACUACAAGCCCAAGCAGUUCAGCAUGCUGGAGUUCCUACACCGCGUGGGCCACGACCUGAAGGAUAUGAUGCUCUACUGCAAGUUCAAGGGGCAGGAGUGCGGCCACCAGGACUUCACCACAGUGUUUACAAAAUAUGGGAAGUGUUACAUGUUUAACUCAGGCGAGGACGGCAAACCUCUGCUCACCACAGUUAAGGGGGGGACAGGCAACGGGCUGGAGAUCAUGCUGGACAUUCAGCAGGAUGAGUACCUGCCCAUCUGGGGAGAGACAGAGGAAACGACGUUUGAAGCAGGAGUGAAAGUUCAGAUCCACAGUCAGUCUGAGCCACCUUUCAUCCAAGAGCUGGGCUUUGGGGUGGCUCCAGGGUUCCAGACUUUCGUGGCCACACAGGAGCAGAGGCUCACAUACCUGCCCCCGCCGUGGGGUGAGUGCCGGUCCUCAGAGAUGGGCCUCGACUUCUUCCCUGUUUACAGCAUCACCGCCUGUAGGAUUGACUGUGAGACCCGCUACAUUGUGGAGAACUGCAAUUGCCGCAUGGUUCACAUGCCAGGGGAUGCCCCGUUCUGUACCCCUGAGCAGCACAAGGAGUGUGCAGAGCCUGCACUAGGUCUGCUGGCGGAGAAGGACAGUAAUUACUGUCUCUGCAGGACACCCUGCAACCUGACCCGCUACAACAAAGAGCUCUCCAUGGUGAAGAUUCCCAGCAAGACGUCGGCCAAGUACCUCGAGAAGAAGUUUAACAAAUCAGAGAAAUAUAUCUCAGAGAACAUCCUGGUUCUGGAUAUAUUUUUUGAAGCUCUCAAUUAUGAGACAAUUGAGCAGAAGAAGGCGUAUGAAGUUGCUGCCUUACUUGGUGAUAUUGGUGGUCAGAUGGGACUGUUUAUUGGUGCUAGUAUCCUUACAAUACUAGAGCUCUUUGAUUAUAUUUAUGAGCUGAUCAAAGAGAAGCUGUUAGACCUGCUUGGCAAAGAAGAGGACGAAGUGAGCCACGAUGAGAAUGUGAGCACUUGUGACACGAUGCCAAACCACUCUGAAACCAUCAGCCACACUGUGAAUGUGCCCCUGCAGACGGCCCUGGGGACCUUGGAGGAAAUUGCCUGCUGA